UCAUCGGGCUUCAUGGCAAGGACGACGUCUUGCAGUUCUUCGUCUCCGUCACUUGGUCGAUCCACUGCUACUGCCGUCCUGCGUCGAGGCUUCUGUGACUGUGGAGAAAGGAUCUUGUACCUGACCUCCCACAGUGAUGCCAAUCCUGGAAGGAAGUUCUGGAGGUGCAAAAAUUGGAAGUCACCAACAGAGUGUGGCUUCUUCUUGUGGGACGAUGAAACUGUGUUUGACGCAGCACAUAGAAGAACUGCAAUUGAACUCACCAAAACACUACAUGAGCUGGGUGAGAUGAAGAAGAAAGUGGAUGAUAGCAAGAAGGACUUGGACGAGAUGAAGAUUAAAGCAGAAUAA